ACACACACAAGGAGAGAGAGAGAGAGAGACUGCAGAGCUCACCGACAGCUCGCUGCUGAUAUUCACGAGCGUGAUGUUUACACAGAUGAGCAGAAGAACAGAAACUGUCGAAUAGAGAGAACGCAUGAGCGAAUCACUGCAGCAGCGUCUUCAUCAUCAUCAUCUCUGCGCUGGUGUCUGAAGAGCAGUGAGCAUGGCAGCCCGGCUCACUGCGGUGGGCUUUACCGAAGCCGGAUUUACUAGAACAUAACACACAAGCUUCAGUAUCCACGCUGUUCGCCGCAGCCGUCAUCGUCCACUAUGCGCAGGGGUCAAGCACGUGCACGUGGAAUUACACUCCAUCAUCAGCGACGCAGCAGCGGACCUCUCCGUCCCCACAGCAACCGCAGCAUCAGCAGCAGUCACACAGCUACGGCUGUUAACAUCAUUAGCUCCAGCAAUAACAGUGACAUUAGGUAGCAGUUUACAGAGAUUAAACUCUACUUCUUUUACAAGAUAUUUUAAAUUACGCUUCAGUAGCUCAGCCACGGUGACUCUGUUUGCUGUAUGAUAACCAACACAGACUUUUCAUUGAAGUUGUAGCUCUUUAAUGAUAAUGUUCUUCUUCACACGAGCAGCUCUCAGGUGCGUGCCGCUGUAGACCGGCUGUAACUUUCACGUGUGCUCCGGUAGAUGCCGUUGUUUGGUGUGUGAUUGUUGAUAGAGUUUAUCGAAGCAGUUGGUAUGGUGAAAAGAGCAAAUGCUCUAACCUGAUUGGCUGAUGAAGGCCUCCUGGAUUCGGCUGCUGAAACGAGCAACAGGGAGUCGAGUCAAGAACAACAUCGCUGGCUCAGCAGACUCGUAUACCAGCCGACCGUCAGAUUCUGAUGCUUCUCUGGAGGAAGAUAAAGAGACUUUACGUAGAGAAGCUGAGAGACGUGCGCUGAGCCAGCUAGAGAAUGCUAAGACCAAACCGGUGGCAUUCGCAGUACGCACUAAUGUCAGCUACAGCGCUUCUCAUGAAGACGACGUCCCUGUGCCCGGAACGGGCGUUUCAUUUGAGGCUAAAGAUUUUCUUCAUGUUAAAGAAAAGUUUAAUAAUGACUGGUGGAUCGGGCGUUUGGUGAAAGAAGGCUGUGACAUCGGCUUCAUUCCGAGUCCAUUGAAACUGGAAAACACUCGCAUCCAUCAGGAUCAUCGUUCCAAACCAGGAAAAUUCUAUUCCAGUAAAUCCGGAGCAAACUCAAUAUCUAGUUUGGGAGACAUUGUUUCAAACUCUCGUAAAUCAACUCCACCUUCAUCAGCUGUGGAUUUAGAAGCUGCUGGAUUAGAUGCAGAGGAGAACGAUCCUCCUCUUCCUCAGCGUUCUCCUAAAGCCAGUCCAAACGCAGUCAUAACCACUUUAGCUCGUGAGAAACGAAUGCCUUUCUUUAAGAAGACAGAACACGUUCCUCCGUAUGAUGUGGUGCCAUCAAUGAGACCGGUGGUGUUAGUGGGACCUUCACUUAAAGGCUAUGAGGUUACAGAUAUGAUGCAGAAAGCACUGUUUGACUUUCUAAAGCAUCGCUUUGAGGGGAGGAUAUCAAUCACAAGAGUGACGGCUGAUAUUUCUCUUGCCAAACGCUCUGUGCUGAACAAUCCAAGCAAACACGCCAUCAUCGAGCGCUCCAACACUCGAUCUAACUUAGCGGAGGUACAGAGUGAGGUGGAGAGGAUCUUUGAACUUGCUCGGACAUUACAGCUGGUUGUUCUUGAUGCAGACACAAUAAACCAUCCGGCCCAGCUGGGGAAGACAUCUCUGGCUCCUAUUAUUGUCUAUGUUAAGAUCACAUCUCCUAAGGUUCUGCAGAGGUUAAUUAAAUCUAGAGGAAAAUCUCAGGCCAAACAUCUCAAUGUACAGAUGGUCGCAGCUGACAAACUGGCCCAGUGUCCAUCAGAGCUGUUUGACAUUAUUUUAGAUGAGAAUCAGUUGGAGGACGCCUGCGAGCACAUGGCAGAUUAUCUGGAGGCGUACUGGAAAUCCACUCAUCCUCCCAGCGUCCCACAGAGUCAUCUACUGUUAGAGGAACAAAACACAGAGACUGAAACUACUGAUGGACCACAACCUUCAUCCAACCUGAAACUAAAGGAUGCAGGGGGAGAUCAGAGACCGCUGAAUGACAGGAGGGGUUUACAUGAAGACCACCACCACCAUCAUCAUCAUCAUCACCAGACUCAGAAAUCAGGAAGUUUAGAAAGUCCAGAUGACAACAUAGAGGAACCUCAAAACAACACAGAGCAGCAACCAUCACAGAGUGAAUGGAGGACACAACACAUCCAUCAUUGCUCUUCAUCCACACGAACUGAACGUCACAAUCAUCACCGCCAUCAUCACCGCCGGACCACGUGGACGCUUUCUCGACAAGAGACGGUGGAGAGCAAUGAACCUCAUCAAACAGAGGAGGAGGAGCUUCAAACCAAUCGCCAUCAUCAUCACCAUCAUCAUCAUCGCGGAGACAAAGAGAAAGAAUUCGACCACAACGAGAAGAACAGCAGACAUAGAGGACAACAGAGAUCACAACGAGAACAUGAGCGUAUGAGGGACAGGAGACGAGAUGAGACGGAGUGGACAAAUGAGCAUUACAUAGAACAGUGACACAAACUCACAAGAAUACAACUGUGACACGUAACAGGGUUGAACAAAAUGAACUCUUUAAAUUCAUUCUGUUAAUUAGAUUUGAGUAGGCUAAAUUAGUAUUUGGGAUUUGGCAUUGCCCCACAAAACAAAUUAAAUGUGGCCCUGGACCAUCCUGGUCAUAAGGGGGAAUUUUUUGAAAUUGAGAUUUUGAAAGUUGAUUAAUAUGCUUUCCAUUGAUGUAUGGUUUGUUAGGAUAGGACUAUAUUUGAAAAUCUAAAAUCUGAGGGAGGAAAAA